UUGUUCUCGGUCGGUCAGACGUUUACGUACUUGUAUACGUUUUUAGGUGUAGCUAGCAAGCAAUAUUAAUGUGUAUAAUUUGUCUUCGUGUCCCUAGGCCCUGUUUUUUUAUUUAGAAUUUUUAAAUGUUAUAAACUUAUUAAAGAGUCUUGAAUCUCGUAUGAAUUAAUCGAUUGAUGAGCAAAUAUUUUACACACAAUUCUUGUGACAAUGAGCUUAGUAAUCAUAAUCACUUAUUUGUGUAUGGCUUGAUUGUCUGUCACAGGUGUUAAAUAGUGUAACAAUCAAGUAUCUACAAGCUACCUUUAUAGAAAAGAAAGUGAGAAUGUCCGAGAUUGCAGUCAGCCGUUGUGAUGUUUGAGAUCAGUAAGUUAAGGCGAACAAAUGAGGAAGAUGGGAUGUUGAUGAUCAGUCAGGCGAGCGGAGUACAGAUCGCAUAGCUGUCCCAAGAAGUCAACCCGACUCACGGUUUCCCUCACCUUAUUUACUCAGUUCACCUUAGUUCUACGAGUCUUUUACGUUAUUCAUCAUGAGUUGGCUGCACCGAGAACUGGAAACGAUGGAUCCCUCGAUCUUUCUACAAUAUUCGCCAUCUCCUCCGAAUGGUCUGCCGCAGGAGUCCAAGCUGGCGACUUACAUGAAUCGUUCCACUUCGACUCCUACAAGAUCCUUGAACCAGGCACUAGGGAAACUCAGCCUGGAGUCAUCACCUACUGCCAUCAGAAAGGUGGUGAUAACAGAGUUUGUUCCAAUGAACUACUUUGCUCAACCGAGCAUCCUGCAGCCAGAGUCCCCGGAGAGUUCAUCUCCUUCCACAAUGGCACAAGUUCCCAACACAGCCCAAGUGCAUCAGGAGAAUGUUGGUGGGACAACAUAUUUUUACUCCACGAACUCUGACAGCCUGAACACAACCGGAGCUCUGAAUUCCUCUGCCUCUAUUGGCCCUCCGGAGUCAUGCAUGAGCGGUCCUGUGGGCGCCGGCGCGGCGUCGCCUUACGCCACACAGAUAUACUCCGGAACACCCACCCACAUCGGCCCCAUGACUUCCAAGUCAGGUCUGGCCCAGUCGUUCUACAUGCCUGAGACGAUCCGCUCGGAGAUAUACGAGAGAAACGACGAUGUGUUCCUGCAGACCGAUCUACGCCAGUAUCCAGAUCUACCGGAGAACGUGGAGAUGUACUCGGAGCUCACUCCGCUAGAGAGCGCGGCGCCGCAUUCGAUCGCGACGUCGUACCGUGCGACACACCGUCAGAGCGGCGAACAUUACGCCCUGCGCCGUCUCCACUCGUACUCCACGUCCGUCACUAAACGCCUGGAGAUGUGGAAGCAGAUCGAUCAUCCCAAUGUCGUUAGGUUGCAUGAAUGGUUCACCACCAAGGCUUUUGGCGAUCACUCAAUGGUUCUAGUAUAUAGCUACCACCCGGCGUGCACCACUCUGAUGAACAAGUAUUUGUCCGGCGGCGCGGGAAAUGCCGCCAACGACGCCAAUGGCGCCUUCCACGACCCGUUCUCUUCCGACCCGGAUGCUCCUCGUCCAUAUACUCAUCAGAAAAAUGCGAUGCUCCGUGCGGUGGCGAGCGGUGCCCUGUUGCCUGAAGCCGUUCUGUGGAGCCUACUCGUGCAGCUGACGGCGGCGCUGAGAGCUGUUCACACCGCUGGCCUGGCUUGCAGCCUGGAUCCUACGAAGGUGGUGAUGAACGGGUGUCGCGUGCGCAUAUCUUGGUGCGGCGCCACCGAUGCUCUGCAUGCCAACAGUACCGACGUCGCACAGGCUCAACAAGACGACCUGACGGCGCUAGGCCGGCUGGCCCUGGCUCUCGCUUGCCGCACCAUCCAUUGCGACAAUCUCGCCGCAUCCAUGGAGCUCGUGGCACGGACCUACUCCGCCGACCUAAAGAACCUUAUACUGUAUUUAUUAUCGUCGUCGACCGCGCGCCGCUCCGUCACUGAUCUCAUGCCGAUGAUAGGUGCCAGGUUUUACACACAGGUGGAGGCCUUGGAGCGACGUGCGGAUGUUUUCGAAGAUCAACUGGCUCGAGAGAUUGACAACGGAAGACUGCUACGCAUACUCAUUAAAUUAGGAAUUGUCAACGAGAGACCCGAGUUGAAUCUAGACGCAUCUUGGUCGGAGACCGGGGACAGAUACAUGCUGAAGUUAUUCCGCGACUAUUUGUUCCACUCGGUGACGGCUGAUGGCAGGCCGUGGCUCGAUCAAGCGCAUUUGGCACAUUGUCUUAACCAACUCGACGGUGGCACUCCCGAGAGGGUGGAGCUGAUGUCGCGCGACGAACAAAGCGUGCUGGUCGUGUCGUACGCCGAGCUGAAGCAUUGCCUCGAGCAAGCGUUCGAGGAAGUCAUGCAAGCGGCCGCCGGCGGCCCCUAGCCCUACCCGAUUGACUACGACAGCGGCUGCACAUUGCAAUAUUACCACCUAUAAGUUCCAAACCUGCCUUCUAUGUGGCUCUCAUCUAUCACUCCUAACAAUUGAUCAAAAAUACGUCUUCAGUCAGUCGCAUGUCAACAACAAAUGGAUAAAGGAGCCAUAAAUGUUAUUAUAAUUAUUGUAAUGUGAAGCUGCUGUGUCGAUUCACGUUCAAUUCUGUCAUCCGCGAAUUAAAUAUUUUUGUUAUAUUUGAUGGCAGUUAUUGGACUAAUGAUGAUACCAUCGUACCACUCCUAUUGGGGUGUACAUCAACGGAAUUACCAAAAAUAACGAUUUCUUAGUGACCAAGGCGCUUUGCGACCUUUUCCUUAUCCUUGUCCAGCUCUCUCGUCUAUGGUAGUACAACGCGAUGGAGCCGGCAGAGUAACGCCGCUUUUCAAGGACAAUUCCUAACUCUGGGUUGUAACGCGAUCUCAUUUCGGAAGCGGUCUUGAAUGAACUCUAGAACGCUUCUCAAUAACUAAUUGGAUAAUUGAUAACGAGUAUUUUGUACAAUAGAAAUGAAUUUGAAUUUUAUUUGUUCUUAUUAAAAUGGAUUUUAAUUAUUGCAUUCAAUAAUGAAUUAUUAUGUCACUUGUCCUUUUUAAACGUUGUGUCCGAGUAUAAUAGUUUUGUAUAGGGCCUUAUCGAUGUACCGCUACGAUCAGCCGCCUGAACAAACGCCACAAACAUUCCAAACUAACAGCAACAAAUUGUGAGAGCUUUCCAACGACUGUUUUAUUGAAGUCAGAAUUGAGCAGUCGGUGUAGCACGGGGCGGCGCGGCGGGACCCGUCGCCGCGUCGCCUGCGAUAUCUGAAGUGACAACUAUACACGCAUGGUUUCAGUAAUUAUAUUCUAUACUUUCAGGUUUCGUUUUACUAACGUGAUUUAAUUUUUGUGCAAGUUAACGUUAAGCAUAACGCCUUGGCAUAAGUAAUUAUAUUAAAUCAUGCGUGUAAACGUUGUUAGGGUAGUUACUGUUACGUCACGUAGAUCUGAAUUUGUAUGUGUUGCGGGUGGGCGGCGCGGUGCGACGGCCGGGUCGGUUAGUAAUGUUAGCGAGCUCGAACAGAUCUCAAUAAUAAAUCUAUGGCAAUAAAUACCUUUUUAUAUGGCCGCGGGCGACGCGCGGUGUCCGCCCUAUCCUCAUUCUGGCAUGCUGUCGCAGUUUUAUUUUACAUUAUAAUUUUCUUGCCAAGAACUAUUUCCCUUACCGUCUCAGCAUGCGUGUUGAAUAAUGUUAUACUCUACAUUAUAGAACACUUUUGUUACCUUAGGAUUCCGCACACAAAUAGCGCUUUAGUCUUUCCAUUUAGGUAAAUAAAUUAUUUGUAUCGAUCAAAUGAUUAUUUGUUUUAAAAAAUAGUCAGUGCUAAUUAUUAUUAGAUGUUAAGCCAGGGUAAGUGAAUAGAGCUUUGUCUAAGUUCUAAAUGAGGAAUUAUUUUGCUAAGCACUAUUGCACUAAGUAUAUACAUUACGCUCAAUUCGUCCAUCCUAUUAUUGUGAUCAUUCAUAAACUUAUAAUAAAUAAAAUACGUAUUUUAGCAUGAUUUACUAUUUGUAUGCGGAAAUCCUGUAGGGACAACAUUUUAAACCUUUUUGGGUAACUGACUAUAACAAACAUGAAUCAUGUUUUAUCGACUUCAAUUUAAUUAUGAUGAAAUUAAAAUUACGGUUCAAUAAAUUACCUAUAAGUAGGUAGAUGUAAUUAUUUAUUUUGAGAAAUAAUGAUAAAUGAAAUAAUGAAUGAAAUGAUAAAUAAUGUAAUGUAGGCAUCCCAUUGUUGAAUUUGCAAAUUCCGAUCUAUGUAGAGAUGGACACUCUGAGAAUAAAAUAUUUUGAGAUAUCUAUAAGUGUAUAUUUUUUUUUUAAUAAAUAAAAGUUUUAAAUUA